UAAAUUUGAUAAAGAAGUUACGUCAUCAACAUGGUGCCUGAAAUACACGCAUUCAAUGUUAAUUAAAGCUUCAAUAGCCAAUGAAACCGAGCAUUGAGCAAAUCUAAUUAACAUAUCAUCAAUUACUUUUCUAGACUUUGUGGACACUCUACUAUUAAAGGGAAAAACAUGGUGACGUGAUGGCGUAAUUAUCUUUGUAAAACAAUCGCGUAUUAAAGGUAAAAAAAUAUAUAUACAGUUCAUGUUUACUUCCUGGUUACAGACUGCGCAUGUGCAUAAAGCGUACAAAGGGUUGCCUGGCAACAAAAAACUAAACUCAAGUAGCGCUAGCUUGUAGGCUAACCGUCACGCAAAACUCGGCCAACAUACUCACGGCUGCUUGUUUAGUGAAGGUUGCUUCUACGACGGAGCUUCCGUUGUCAACGAGCUUCCACCGGAGUGUCCCCGGGACACAAUGAGCGCCGGGCGGCCGUCAGAAGGCGCAGGCUGCGUCAACUGGUGGGGCUUCAGUCCAGCUCGAGACCUCAUCAGUACAGGCCCCGUGAGCCAUGAAGGGGAAGUCAACAUUUUACUAGUCGGCAGUAGCGAUCCGAGACAUCUUCUGAAGACCUUGGCUAAUCUGAGGGACGAGGACGUCCUUAACGUAUGGCUGUUUGAAAACAGCAUGGAGGUGGUCGCCAGGCACAUGCUGCUGCUCUACAUCACACUGACUCCACAGCAAAAAAUGGGACUAAAUGAGAAGACAGAGACGUUCCUGGAGGUGUUUGGCAACAGCGUAAUCCGCAAUCAGACGCACGACACGGUGAAACGUGUGGCGUCGCAGCUCUUGCACCACGUCAGCGACAUCCCGGAGUCAGACGCGCACGCUUGCUUCAACACAUCUCUUCUCAAGUUUAAGGAGCGGGAUGAGCUGGCUAGGAUUUUUAAAUCAUGGAUGCAGCCUUCGUCUUCUUCCGCUGCUCCUGUCUCCAUAGCCAAAGCCUGGGAUUACCGUGUCAGGCAGCACCUUGGCACACGCUACGACUCAAAGAAGGGCUGCUUCGACUGGGACCUCACGAUGAAGCUACAUGAGAAGGGGUGCCGUGUCAUUAACAAGCAUCAGUAUGUCCGGUGGAGGGAGAGCGGCCUGGCCUUUGAACUGAGGGAAGGUGUCUACCAAAUAACCAACCCGAGCUUGCUGUCCUCUCGGGUGUUCAGCCAGAGAGGGGACAGAGUGGCUCUGAGGGGCUACUGGGGAGACAUCACGUCUAGUCCUUACCUGGCCUUCGGCAUUGAAACCGAAAACGAGAACUUGCUGAAGACGCAGAACGGCCAACACGUGAAGACAGCACAGGACAUCUCCUUUGCAAACGUGCAAGAUUUUUUCCAAUCCCUGUCCAGGAGACGGGAAUGCCCUUCUACUCCUCAGUUCGACGCAGAGGAGGAAAAUCCACCCACAAAUAUUGAACAUAAUUAUCUCCCAGUCAACGACCUGAUGCGACUUAAAGGGGUGUCCGUCAACUUCCUGCCUCUGGAUUCCCUUCAGAAGCUGCCAGAAAAACAGAAAUAUGCCAACUUCUUCGACAUUAUCCACUUUUCUGCCAGCUGCGCGCACCAUUUGGGCCCAAACAUCCAGCAGAUUGCAGCACCAGACGCUGUGCUCAUCGUGGAGUUGGCCAAGUUCAUUUUGGACCUGAACAAAGAGCAAGAAGCUGGUUUUGCAGAGAGAGUGACCAGCAUGUGUGUGGAAGCCGGAUUCCAACCGUGUCGUGGGACAAAGACUGAUGACGUUUAUGCUGUUUUUGAACCACACAAGGAGAAGUGACGCUGGCUCCAUGUUUUUCCUCAGUCAACUAUUUCACAGCACAUUUUGCCAGGAGCGUGGGUUCCUGCUCAGUGACAGUGUGAAUGUGAGUGAUCAUCUACAUGUGCCCUCAUCAUGUUCCCUAUGACAAAUUAAACAGCAAAUUUUCAUCCAACGCAGCAAUUUAUUCAUGUUUGUUUCCAAGUGUUGUGACAAUGCAAAUGUGCCAUCGCCGCCAUCUUUUUUUGACAGUUGCGGGUGUCGACUCACUUCCAGCGUCCUCCAACCUUCCCCUUCCCGUGGCCCUUUUUGCUGCUCCGAGGCAAGACAAAGAUUUUUGAGUAUAUAGCGACUUGUUGUACAUGCAGUGCAGUGUGUCAUUAACUCACAACUUCUGAGCAUGUUGGAUUCUAUUCAAUAGGACAGUGAUCUGGAAUAGGCAAUGGGAAAAAUUAUUUAACGUGAUAUCUUCCCGUUCGCUGAAAUUUAAUUUUGCUUAUUUGGUGAAAAGAAUUUCACCUCAUACUUCUGACUCUUCAUCUUCUCAGAGAGGUCAAAUUUCUCCGACUCCAGCUGGUAGAUGCACUCCCACAUCUCUCCGGCUCGUUUUCUAAAAGACAAUUGCAGUGACAUUGAAAAGAAAGCAAAUUGAAAAAGUAAACACGCAUUUGGACAGGAUCCGUCACCGAGAUAAAAAUGCACAUUUUGAUGAACAAUCUUCCAUAGUUUGCAGUUGUGCAGAACUCGAACAUAAUACUGGUGGUUUAAUGCAAUAAAUAUGGGCAAAAGUACUGAGACUGUAGGGUUGAUUUUUUUGUUUGUUUUUUUCCUCUUGAUUUUGGUCGGUGCAUCUGACUAGGUGCCAGAGUCAUUAAUGGACUAGACUAGGACUAAUAAUAGACUAGAGCAAUGGUAAACCCCAAAAUCUCCAGUGAGUGUAUAUAAAUGAUAUUGAUAGCUCAAUACAAGAACACAGACUGCUAAACGAUAGCUACUAUCAUUAGUGUGAUUCAAAGUGACCUGAGGGCGUCCUCUCU